GAGAGCAGAUUGCCGCACUGCACGCACAUUUUCGUCUAGACAGCGCUGCCGGCUCGCUGGGCAGUCGAGUAGCGGUUGACUCCCCUCACGAGUGCUCUCUUCCUUCGACUGUUCUGUCAACGCGCGUGUGUCAUCGCGGGUCCGGCAGCCCGUCAUCUCCGCGUGUUGUCACACCUUGCGUCUCGCGUGUCGGCUGCGAUGUUUGUCGGAGUUGUGCGCGAUGAAUCUGGUUACCUGCGUUGGGUCUUCGUUUACUGCACGCCUCGUGGAAAUGUCGGUGUUUGUCGGUGGUAGAGCGACCACGUGCAGGGACAGAACAUUCCUGCAACAGGCAGCGCAGCUGAAGGCAUUGCUCGAAGCCAGGUGAUGCCCGACUUUGAGAGGAGGAGGUCACAGGACCAUGUCGCCGCUUCGGCUACCGCGAUGGCUCGGCAAGCUGCACACUUACGCAAUCCUCGCCGGCUGCCUAGCACUUUUCAUCCUGUUCAGGUCAUUUCAUACAGAAGUCCAGGAAGAUGACAAAGACAUUUUUGACGAUGAUCUGUUCAUCGCGCCUCAGCAGUUUGACAACCACGUCCAGAAUGAGGUACUCGCACGCGACGACCUCGACGAGCUCCCCGAGGAAAGUGUGGGCAACGACAAUCCCUACGUUCAUCCGUACGUUAUCGACGCCUCGCACGUUUGUCGGGGCUUCGAAGCCGCGCCGAGGCGCCUGAUAUUCGUAGCGAGCGCUCCUAGCCACCGAGAGGCGAGGAAUGCCAUACGUGACACCUGGGGACUCCCCUCCUACGUGGCGCAUCGUAAUAGCAAGGUAAUGUUCCUGCUGGGACGCUCCGCGCACGACAUGGAGGUCAAGGCUGAAUCUCAGGUCAAUGGGGACAUCGUGCAAGGCAGUUUUACGGACAGCUACGACAACUUGACGCUCAAGAGCGUCAUGAUGCUCCACUGGACUCGCUCCUUCUGCCCCAAUGUGCAGCACGUGAUGAAGACCGAUGACGACGUGUACGUGAACCUCGACAACUUGAUUCACCACCUGGAGCACGAGAUGGCCGACCAAAGACGUUGGAUUCAAGGGUGCAUCAAGAGGCACGCCGGCGCGCCGCUCCGCUCUGCUGGUGCCGGUCAGCCCGUGAGCCCGGUGGACGUGCGGACAUUGCCCAAGGCGCACCCGGACUUUGUGGCGGGAGCGGGGUACGUCAUAUCCGGGGACCUGGUGGAGGACUUGCUGGUGGUCUCGGCGAGAGUUAAGUGGGUGCCCUUAGAGGACGUGUUUGUGACGGGGCGGUGUGCUGCCGCGGCGGGCGUCAAGCCCGAGACCGACGACAGGUUCAGCUGCGGCCAGCAGGUGAAGGAUCCGUGCAAAAUGGCCUACGCGUUCACGGGCCACGGAAUGACGUCAGAUCUGAUGAGACGGACGUGGGACGCGAUGCUCAGUGGCUGCUCGUGAAAGUAAUGCGUGUUGCGAAGCUUCUCGUUGAAUGGUUCCUUUUUUCCGCAAUGUGGAACAGUGGGGUAUUUAAAAGCAGUGACAUGUCACGAGACUGAAAUACUUAAUACCUGAAGCGCUUUUGCAAAGCGCGGGACGUUCAUCGGGCGACGUAUGAAAUACAAGCGAUGCGCCGGCAUUUCAAGGUUGGACACGGACGGUGUGUGAGUGCUUGUUUGAAGUGUGACGUACGUUCCCAUGACGAGUACUGUCAACGCCGUUCUCGUCAUCGUUCGAUGAUUUCGUUUUUGUGUUGUACACUGACACAAAGAAAAAUAUAGAACGCUAUAUGGGCGCUUCACUUUCGGCACAGAAAAACUUCGCGAGACAGCCUUGUGAACACGAGUGAGUCAUGUGUGGUGAUUAAAUAAUUAGUGUAUUGUUGGUAGAA